CAAUUUCCUAUAGAACAGAAGAGGCAUUCAGAAGAGAACACAGGAAAGUUACUUUUGGAAAUUGUUGAUUUAGUCAAGUCUAAAAGGCUCCUAAACUCUAGGAACUUUGAACUGACCCUGAACUCUAAAAGAAGCCCCAGGAAACAAGGGCAGCCUUUUUUGGUGGCCAGAAUUCCACGAUAUAGUCUACAUUGGGAAACAUGUCUCUCUCAGGCUCUGCUCUGCCUUUCAUCAGCACUUCCAUGAUAACCACAGGCAAGGAUCCAAGGAAGGUUGCCUUGACUACCAUUGUUGAAUAUGUAACUAAGCGGAAUGGAGCUCGGAACAUGAACUCAGUUCAGAUCCAGUACUCCUCCCCUUAUUUUCCUAAGAAUUCCCCUUCACCGCUGAGAUUUUCACAGAGUGUAAUUAGUGAAAAAAUGAACACACUUGCUUCAGCUUCAAAGAACCACAUAGAGUUAGAUAAUAAAAUGAAAGAACACAUUUUGCCUAAAAUUCAACCACUGCUUCAAGUGACAGCACCUAUAAAGAAGGUGCAGAAUGCCAAGAAGAAGAGACUGAAAUCCCAGCCAUAUGAGGCUCUGCUCCAUGAUUUUCGACAAAAUAUAAAGACUAUUAAAAGUCUCAUGAAUCCAGAGAGCAACUCCAACAAGGUGGUGGGGAAUGAAAACAAAGAUGUAGAUUGUCGAAAAAGAAUUAGGCAUGAACAGGUUCAUUUAUUCUCAUCUUUUGCUGAAGCAAGUUGUGAAAGGGCAGAAGAAAUCAAGCUGUUGGUCACUGGAAAUAGUUACCCAAAACAUAAGACCAAACUUACUGCAGAGCAAAAUUAGAGGCUUACUUUUGUGGGAAGCUACUGAAUUUAUUAUUUUUUUUUUCACAGGCUGUUUCAUGUUUUCUUUCUGUUGGAAUUUAGAAACUGUAUUUAGCCACAUUAUUUUCAAAAUUAGAGUGUGUCUUCAUGAGAAGAUAUAUAGAUAAGAUGGAAUGCAACCCUAACCAAUCAAUGUCCUUCAUUGCAUUGGGUACUUUUGCAAUCUUCAUUUCUUAUGUACGUGACCUUUGACUAUUUGUAAGGUGCUGUAAUCAUCAUUAUUCAUGUUGCCAGGGUUACAAUCAAAUAUAGAACAUGCUAUGGAGGCAGAUUAAAUAACUUUCAUAAAAACUAUUUUAGCAUGUUUGCCAGACAACCCAUAUAUGUUAUGUAAGAAAAGUUAAUGACAACUGAAAAUUUUCCCCUCUGCACAGUAAUGGAAAGACUUGACUAGCUGCCUCAAAAGCUGGAAGGAAUCCUAGAGAUCAUUGCUUCCUUGGGUGGUUGUGUGUGACUUAAUUGAGAUGAGGUUCUUCUGCAAAAUGAGAGAAUUGUAUUCUAUGGUCUUGAAGACCCUUUACAUAGAUAUAACUUUUAAUUCUGUGAUCCUAUUAUGAUAUAUAUUUAAAGCACUUUACAGACUUUAUAAGGCAUUGUAUAAAUAUCAAUUAUUAGUCAGAUCCAUCUGUGCAGUUUUAUAGAUAAGUAAACUGAGACCCACAGAGAAGACACAUCUUGUUAAAAGACCCACAGUUAAUAAUUGGAAGAGCCGGCCCUUGAACCCAGGUUUCCUGUUAUCUUUAUCUCCAAAUCCUAGGGUCUUUUCAUUAUUCUAUGCUCUACCCAUUAGGACAAAGGGACAUUUGGAGAAACUAGAAGUACUUAGUGAGAAAAGCAUUUGUCCAAGAGACCUUGUUUCUAGACCAAAAAAAGAGGCAACAUGUAAAAGGAGAAAGAACUUUGGAAUGAGAAUCCAGAGAUCUGAAUUUGAGUUCUAGCUUUUUAAAAUCUGGGACAGGUCUUUUUACUACUCCCAAGUCAAUUUAAUUAUAAAAUGAGAAUUUUGAACUGUAUAUAAUGUGUAAGGAUUAUUUUGGGGGGAAUUUAAAAAGUCUGUGAAACUCUGCAAAAUCAUAGAAAAGAGUAGGUCAUUUGUGUAAGAGGUAAUUUAUUGGCAAAAAAAAUCUGUAGAAAAACAUUGCUAGUGAUUUAUGUGGAAUUUUGUGUAAGGAUCUAAUGUGUAAAGUGUAAAUGAGAGAACAGAGAAACACAAAUAUGUUCUCUUUGUGAAUCUGGACAAAUAAAUCAUUGAACCUC